AUGAAGGCCAUUGCCCGAAGCAACGUGUACUGGCCUGCGAUUGAUGCUGAAGUCGAAAAGGCCGUUAAGGCGUGCACACAGUGCGCGCUUGCUGCAAAGACAUCCCCUCGAGUCGCACCUGUACCUUGGCCAAAACCACAACGGCCAUGGGAACGGGUCCAUGUGGACUACGCCGGACCGCUCGAUGUAGACUAUUUUUCACUAGUAGUGGACUCCUUCACCAAGUGGCCCGAAAUAGUGCAAACAAGCCACAUCACAACCACAGCAACUAUCAAGUUUCUGCGAAGCCUUUUCGCACGCAUGGGGAUGCCAGAGCUGCUAGUAUCCGAUAAUGACACACAGUUCACCAGUGCCAUGUUCGGAAAAUUUUGCAGUAUGAACGGCAUUGAACACACCACUACGGCACCGUUUCACCCGCAGUCGAACGGGCAGGCGGAACGGUUUGUCGAUACCUUCAAAAGAGGUAUCAAGAAAAUUCAAGAAGGGGAUGGUCCGAUUCAGGAAGCAUUGGACCUGUUUCUGUUGAACUACCGAAGCACUCCAAAUCCGGCAGUCGUGGGUGGAGUAUCGCCAUCAGAAGCAAUGUUUGGACGUCGAAUCCGAACGAACCUCGAACUGCUGCGGCCACCAACAGAUCGUCAGCAAGCAGAACAAGAAGAAGACCAGCAGAAACCCCGAACUUCAAUAAGAAAGAUCCAGUGUAUGUAA